AGCUGCGGGAUAUCGGCCACUGAGUGGUCUGCACGCGUUCCCUCAUUUAAUACUCCCCGUCGUGAAAUAUAUGAGGACAAGAUGAAGCUCAUCAUCCUGGACAACUAUUCCCAGGCCAGUGAGUGGGCGGCCAAAUACAUCAGGAACCGCAUCAUCCAGUUUAACCCGGGGCCUGACAAGUACUUCACGCUGGGGCUCCCCACCGGGAGCACCCCACUUGGCUGCUACAAGAAGCUGAUUGAGUACUAUAAGAAUGGGGACCUGUCCUUUAAAUAUGUGAAGACCUUCAACAUGGAUGAGUAUGUGGGCCUUCCUCGAGACCACCCAGAGAGUUACCACUCCUUCAUGUGGAACAACUUCUUCAAGCACACUGACAUCCACCCGGAACACACCCACAUUCUGGAUGGGAACGUAGCCGACCUCCAGGCUGAGUGUGACGCCUUCGAGGAGAAGAUCAGGGCUGCAGGCGGGAUCGAGCUCUUUGUUGGAGGCAUCGGCCCCGAUGGACACAUUGCCUUCAAUGAGCCGGGCUCCAGUCUGGUGUCCAGGACCCGUGUCAAGACGCUGGCCAUGGACACCAUCCUGGCCAAUGCGAGGUUCUUCGAUGGAGAGCUGGCCAAGGUGCCCAUCAUGGCCCUGACGGUGGGCGUGGGCACUGUCAUGGACGCUAGAGAGGUGAUGAUCCUCAUCACAGGGGCCCACAAGGCCUUUGCUCUGUACAAGGCCAUCGAGGAGGGCGUGAACCACAUGUGGACCGUGUCUGCCUUCCAGCAGCAUCCGCGCACUGUGUUUGUGUGUGACGAAGAUGCCACCUUGGAGCUGAAAGUGAAGACUGUCAAGUACUUCAAAGGUUUAAUGCUUGUUCACAACAAGCUGGUGGACCCCUUGUACAGUAUCAAAGAGAAAGAAACUGAAAAAAGCCAGUCUUCUAAGAAACCAUACAGCGAUUAGCCUGUGCGGGGCCCUGGCAUCAAAUACCUCAUAGAGGCAGGCGGGUCUUUCUGGAAAUUGUCUUUAUAGCAGAACUGUAUUUCUUUAACUCAGUGUGGUUACUCCAGAUAAGUGGGUGAACUUACUGUUCUUAGCUAUGAGGCUAGGCGCUGAGUCAUGGACUUUAGCUACAGAGAGAAUGAUUUGCUGUAAUUUAAUCAGAAAAAGUAUCUGAAAAAUGUCCUCCGUCAUUUUGACUCUGCCAAGCCCAGGCUAGGGCUGUUUCACUGUUCUGCCACGGCUCCUGUUCACAGGUAUGACACACUUCACCGGGGGUUUCUGUUCUGCGUACACUGAUUCUCAGGGGAGGGUGUCAGGGGCUCAUGUCCGCUUCACUCCACUUCUCUGGGAGUCUUGAGGCCUCUCACAUAGGCCUGCUGCUUCCUUAGGAGUCACCAUUCCAGGCUAAGGCCCAGACUCUCAGUGUCUAAAGUGAGUGCAAAGUAGCCGACCCUCUGGUCAUAGCAGGUGCCCUGGAGAGACAACGGCCCACCCUUCUUUCUCUCUCACAGCCAGCCAGCCUUUCUGUGAACUGGGAGGAGUCCUUGGGGGAGGACUUGUGGGGGUGGGGCCAAAGAGGUGGCAUUUACUGAUAAAUCCAGAGCCCCCAGGGGCCCAGCCACUCCAGCUUCUGUCCCCCAGUGCCCUUCACCACCAGGAGGAGGAAGUGGAAGCUCUUUCUCCACUGAGGACUUGUGUGGCCCCUCUUUUACUACUCCCCAGUGAGCAGGAGGCCCCUGGGGCAACAGGUGCUGGCUCGGUCGCAGUGCUCAGCCUAGGCAAUGGGCUGGGCAUGCAGUUCAGGCGUGGCUUUAGUCGCAGCACACGAGUAUUGUGUCCCCCUGCUUCCUGGGAGUUAAGUGCCAAGAUGACACGUUGGAUGCCCCACUUACAACAUCCUGCUCUGCGGGUCCUCAGGCGUACUCAGAACAUCAGGAGAGACCACCUCUGCCCCUUUGUCCUCCCCCCUUGCUCCCAAGCUGUGUCGCUCUGCCUUCCUUUACUCUGAAGUCUGGUGGAGCCCAUGCCGCCACCUCCCUCGUUGUGCCUGUUUGAAGCGACUGUUUCUGGGAAUUAUCUUCCAGAGUCUGGCUCAGGCCUCUCUGUGAGGGCUGCGUUUGGUACCAGUGUUUUGUUUCUAGCUUUUAUACAUGAUUUUGCUGUCAUCCUGUUUUAAGCUAAUGGAUCAAGGGACUUGUUUACAAUGUGAUAUUUUCUAUUAAAUUCAAUAUUUUCCAUAA